UGUUGGUGCCAGGAAAGUCAGUACGCACAGAAGGCCGCUUUACUUUUUGUAACUCAUCUAUAUAUUAUAACUUGUGCUGUCGUUCUUGUCGCUAUUAGUCCUAAACAUUGCUAAACUCUGUACCAGUUGCAACAGUAGGCAAAACUUACUUACUGGGAAACAGUGAUGUCGCUAGGAAGGGGAGAUCACGAGUUGGUGAAAAGCUUGCUUGGUAAUGCCCUCGCCUCUCAGGACUCUGGGGCCUGCCCCAACGUCCACCGCGCUGCGGAGGCUAUAAUGGCCGCUUUGUCAGGAGGCCAGCAGCAUGUGGAGCUCGAAUUGCAAGCGGAGGAAGUUGAGCAGCAAGACGCUUCCUUAGGGAUGCACCAGAACCCCGCGGCCAACACCGUAGCAGAACUCAGCGCACAAGUGUUGAUGGCUGCAGGCCGCGUGUCUGCAUUGCGCAAAAGCGUCGCGCAUGGGGUGGUCCAAGCGGUUGCCAUGCAGGCGGAGGCCCUACGGCCAUUGCUGCGCGCGGGAGAGCUAAACCUCACUACCCCAGGGAAGUCUGAUAGGCGGCUUUCCAUGGACAGCAGCAAGGCGCAGCGCACUGCCGCGUUGCACCUAAACGAACGCCUAAUGCACGCAGCAGACAAGCUGCGCGCCCAGCGGGCCCGCAUGGACGAGGUGUCAAGGC